AUGGUAUUCUACGCGAGAGGGACAAGAGAAUCAGAGGAAAUGACUGGGGUUGGGCCUUCACAGGUGGGUAUGGGCGAUGGUCAGCUGGAAUCCGUCUCAGGCUUGAAUACGUCCGGCUUCUUGUUCGCCAAAUCAGUCGCUCUGGCCGCAGUCAUCGCAUUCUUGGUGUGGGAGUUCCGGUCGUGGUACCGUCUGCGAAAAAUCCCCGGACCUUUCCUCGCCUCGAUCUCGGUCCUGUGGCAGUUGAAGAAGGCAAUUGGGGGAACGUACCACGAACAUCUGAAUGAGAUUGCGCGGAAAUAUGGCCCCCUUGCGCGCAUAGGGCCGAACGAGCUCCUCUGCACAGACCCGGACUCACUGCGCAAGAUGUCGGCCGCCCGCUCGCCGUACACCAAGGGCGACUUCUACGACUCCGGCCGAAUCACGCCGGGCGUCAACAAUGUUGUCUCGAUGCGGGACGAGAACGAGCACAAGGCCAUGAGGGCGAGGAUGGGUCCGGCCUAUGCCGCCAAAGAGAACGAAGGUUACGGCUUUGAAAUCGGGAUCGACCGCCAACUCAUGAAUUUCGUCCGCCUGAUAGACCACCAUUAUGUUUCCACGGACUCGGAGUUUAGGCCGCUAGACCUAGCCGAAAAGACGCAAUUCUUUGCUCUCGACGCCAUUGGCGACGUCUCCUUUGGUGGUGCUUUUGGGUUCCUUGCCGAGGAUCGGGACUUGUUUCGGUAUAUCGAGAUCAACGAGUCAUCUCUACCCAUUAUGAAUCUCGUCUCGGUGCUUCCUUGGCUUGGUCGGCUCGUUCACAAGUGGCCUUUUAGAUUGGUAUUGCCCAAGGAGGGUGACCAAGUCGGUUUUGGCCGUUUGAUGGGCUUCGCUAGAAAUUACGCCGAAAUGAGACUCCAACCCGGCGCGAAGCCCCAGAAGGACAUGAUGCAAGCUUUCAUUAACCAGGGCCUCGGCAGAGAUGAGCUUAUUCAGCUUGUGUACAUCCACAUGAUCGCUGGCACAAAUUCAGCUGCGCAGGCCAUGCGCAUGACACUGCUAUGUUUGAUAAACAAUCCUGUCGCAUACCAACGGCUCCGGCAGGAAAUUGACGAUGCUGUCGCCGCAGGCGUCAUCAGCUCUCCCGUCACCAACGCCGAAGCCCUCAAACUUCCAUAUCUCCAGGCUGUCAUCCGGGAAGGCUUGCGCUUCUACCCUCCCGUCACUGGCCUUGGCUUCAAGCAAGCGCCUGAGGGUGGGGACGUCCUAAACGGCUACUUCAUUCCCGGCGGCACGCAGAUCGGGCACAACUUCUUCGGCAUCGGACGCUCACUUUGGGUGUGGGGCCCAGACGCCGAUGUCUUCCGCCCCGAGAGAUGGCUUUCGGCAAGUGAGGACGAGCUCAGGCACAUGAGUGCUGCCGUCGAUACACACUUUGGCCAUGGAAAAUAUUCUUGUCUUGGGAAACCGAUUGCCAUGAUGGAGUUGAACAAGAUCUUUGUCGAGCUGUUGAGGCGAUACGAUUUCACCGUCAUGAACCCGGAAAAGCCUAUCAAGACUCUCAGCGCGAUUUUCUUUGUCGCCAGAGACUUUUGGGUCAGGCUGACCAGACGCCCGACCAAUCAGUGA